AUGCAUGCCCAAAGAGUAGCUAGAGAUUUAAUUAGCGGUUCGCCAGAUGAGAUUCUUGGCAAAAUCCUGUCCUUUCUUCCGACACAUCAUGCUGCAACCACAUCGGUUCUGUCGAAGAGGUGGAGGAAUCUGCUUCCGCUUGUGGACAAGCUUGAAUUGACUGAAGAUCAUCCAAGUGGUCGCUGUUCUUUAGGCUUCCCUGAUUUCGUGGAAAAAACACUUGCUCUCUUAGACAGGCCUUGUUCAGUCAUCAAGAAAGUCCAUCUGAAUUGUGAUCAUCUGCAUGGAGAAUCUAGGUUUUACAGUUGGAUUCGCACAGUUCUGGAGCGAGGCGUGUUGGAUUUUCACUUGGAGUCCUCGCGUAUGUAUCGUGUAGAAACUGAGUUCUUCACUAGCAACACACUGGUUGAGCUCACAAUAUCCGGUGCGCUUUAUCCCGAGGGUGAACUUCCUCCUGGGGGUUUGUUUUUCCCAGCGCUCAAAAGACUCUCUAUAGUCUUAGUUGCGUUUGCAGAUUGUGACAUGUACGAUGAUUUUGUCCUUGGCUGCCCUGUUCUUGAGGAGUUAAUCCUCUAUUAUGCUGAUGAUGACCAACCCCCGGGUUGGAAUGGGAAAGUCUCUAGCCCUUCCAUCAAGCGACUCACCAUCAGUCACGAUUACCCCGAUUACCCUGAAACGCACAUAUAUGUUUGGUUUGAUACACCCAGUCUUGUGUACCUUGACUAUUCUGGUCAUGUCGCGCGUAGGUAUACCGCUGAAAUGGGUUCCCUUGAAGAAGCUAGACUCAAUCUUCUACCAUGGGAGCAACUUAUUGACUCAGACGAAGAGGAUGAUGAUUUUGAUGGUUAUGGUCCUCGCUGGGAAAAAAGAUCGAAAGAUGCUACGGGUCUAAUUGCAAUGAUAAGCAAUGUUAAGACCCUUCACUUGUCUUCAGAUUCUCUUGAGGUUAUUCACUCUCUGUGUAAAGUAAUGCCGGCGUUUCAAAACCUCCUUAAGUUAUCGUUUGAGAGUGACAAAGAAAGAGGCUGGCAAGUGGUGCCACUUCUUCUUAACAGCUCUCCAAACCUGGAAACUUUAGUCAUCAAGGGACUUGUGCACAAAGUUACUAGUAGAUGCGGGGACGCCUGCCUUUGCAUCCGUAAGAAGACGAGGGGAGAAUGUUGUUUAUUGACAUGUCAAGUGAAGGUGUUAAAGAUUAUAGGGUAUCGCGGAACUUGUCGUGAGCAGAAGCAGAUGAGUCAUUUCUUGGCAAAUUUGAAAUGUCUGGAGACUGUCAAGGUGCGCGUUGAAGUGGAUCACCGAGAAGACAACGAUGCUAGUAAUACGUACCUGAGAAUCACCAAUGCUCUUAUGAAGCUUCCUAGGGUUUCAUCAAACUGUCGGAUCCAUUUCCUCUGA